AUGAAAGAACUUCCCUUAGAAAAGUUACAAGACAUAGACAAUGAGACCUUUGAUGAACAUAGCGAUUAUAAACAGCCUGAGAAACUCAUUGACGAGGCGAAGGACAUGGAGCCUUUUCGAUUGUCCAAGGCGUAUGUUCGGCUUGUGAGCUACGUUCAAGCGUUGAAUGCUGCUUGCACGGGCAUAAAAGAUUAUCACGUACAUUAUUCUAGCAGAGUUGCCAAUGUUUUAGAUGUUUUGGAGCAAGUUCAGGAAAUCACAGACUCUGUCUCUCUAGAACCUGGAAGACAUCGCUUUGGGAAUCCUGCGUUUCGAAGGUGGCAUGCGAAGUUGUUGCACAGGGCACCAACGAUUCUGGACACAAUUGUCCCGUCUUCCUUAGGCUCGGCCCAAAUAGAAUUGUUGGAUUACUUUCUUGGUUCUUUCGGAAAUGCACAAAGAAUCGAUUUUGGAACCGGACAUGAGCUGAAUUUUUUGGGGUUUCUCAAAGGACUCGAUUUACUCAACCUUUUAACAUACGAAGAUUGCGCAGCUGUGGGCUUGUAUGUUUCACAUAAAUACCUGGAAGUUUGUCGUAAAUUAGUUAUUAAGUAUCGUCUUGAACCAGCAGGAUCCCACGGCGUUUGGGGACUCGAUGACCACUUUUUUAUUCCGUAUAUUUUUGGAUCUUCACAACUGGCAGCUCCCGGUGGUAAUACAUUAGGUUUACGACCGACCGCGAUUCUCGAUAAAAAACUUACUAAAGAACUCUCAAAGUCGAAUCUAUAUUUUAGUGCAAUCGAUUUUAUCAAUGUUAUGAAAAAAGGUCCAUUUUAUGAGCAUUCCCCCAUCCUUUAUGACAUUACAGCGGUUCCUUCAUGGUCAAAAGUCAAUCAGGGAUUGUUGAAGAUGUAUGAUGUAGAGGUCCUCAGUAAAUACCCGGUUGUCCAACAUUUCCAUUUCGGCAACCUCUUCCCUUUUCAGCAAUUCGUUUGA